AUGGAUCUGGUUGCUCUCCUCACGCAUUUUGCAUUCGGAAUCGCUGUCUUCCUCAAAUUCUUCGGGAAGCCUAAUCGUCGACGUGUCUCGGAGCUGGCUCAAGACUUCGGCGGACGAGGCCGUCCUGUAUCGUGUCGUGAUGCAUCUACACAGACCGAAGAUGAGGACCAGCAGAUGCCAACGACAACGGACGUCUCUUCAACAACACAAGACACCGUCCCUUACGAGACUGACCCAAUUGAUGACAAGCAAGCCCUGCGGGAGCAAGUCUACGUCAACCUCCAGAGCGCAACAACAGAGGACUUCACAGGUGGACCAGCACGCUUGGUCGCCGCUUCAGAUGGCGUGCAAGAUGUUGCGGCCAUCCUCGUAACCUUGGACUUGGCCGCCCAAAUCCAGGACGCCAUCGAAGCCCGCAGGACAUACGCCAAAGAGGAGUCCAAGGCCCUCAAGCAGCAAUCAGCUCUCUCGAACCUCAAGAGUGGAGUCGAGUGCGAGAAGUUAAGCCAUCAAUGCCGCAUCGACCAGGAGAACGAGAAAGGCCCCGACGUUGAUCAAGAGACCCUGGAUGCCCUCCAAAAGGAGCACGACAACCUCGCCCUUCUGCUUGAGGAUAUCGAGUUGAGAAUCGAGGCUGUCAACGCCCAGGUGUUGACCCAGGCUAUGGUGUUUCGGAAUUGCCAGACGAGGCUCAUCGACACCCUGGAGGAGACAUUCAUUGAAGGUCUCGCGGUCGACCCGGAGAGCGAUGAGCCAGAAUCUCCAAUUGAAGAGCUCGAUCUUCAACAGGAGUACCAGGCCUUCUUGAACCCACAGCAAGAGACCGACGCUGAGCCCCAAGACAUCGCACCGCUCGACAUCACCCCCGACGACUACUUCCAAGCCACAAACGACCAUCUAACCGCCUCCGAGCUCGCCCAGUACGAGAUCCGAGACAACUACUUCGCAGCCCGCGAGCACCUCAUCGAAGCACAAAACCGCUUCGACCGCCGCGAGUAUGAUCGUGAGAUGGACCGCCAGACGACACAAGACUCCGCCGAAGACUUCGACGUUCGCUGGGUGCACCGAUUCCGCGAACUGACUACCCAACUCAUCGAGGCUGAAGCCGCGUUUACAGCCGCCAAGGUCGCGGCCAAUGAAGCCAGUGUGGAUGUUGGAGGUGAAGACCAGUGCUCGCUGUUUGUGGACAGGGAUGAUGAUGGUUAUCGCGAGUCUCAUGAUGCCGCCUGCACUGCAUCUGCUCCUCGAGACAAGAUCAUGCAGUGGGUGGAGGGCAUUUCAGAUCAAGCGAACCCGGAGGAGACCAGUGGCGAUGUUGAGGUUGAUGACUGGGAUGCCCCGGGGAUGGAUAUGAGUGAUAGUGUCAGCUGUGUUGCUAUUGGGUCGUAUCGGUCCAAGAUUGACCAUUGGCGAGAAGAGACCAGAUUGUGA